AUGGGUCGUGGAAAGGAAGCUGUUGGUGCCUGUUUCAGUGCGAAUGCACUCCUCUGCAAGGUGGUCUCCGUUUUGCUGAUUGUCGUCAGUGUGGCACUCAUCAUCGCUGGUGUAGUGCUGAUGGUUAAGUAUCCCAAUAAAAGCCUGAGUUUCGAUGACGACUGGGAUGAUUGGCAUAAACAAAGCGAGAAUUUCGCAAUCGGAGCGGGACUCUUGGGAGUGGGAAUCGUUCUUCUCCUGUGCUCCUUAAUCACAGCCUGUUGUGCUUUCCAAUUCGGUCUAAUCGGACGCCUUGUGAAGUCAAGAAAUGAUGAAGAACAACAGCCAACUAUUGUCGACCAAACUCCGCCUUCACCUGAUCAUUCAACUGGGCCAUAUCCCAACCAAGCCUACUCUUUUCAAGCCCAGCAAACUAUGUCGCGACCACUUCCACCAUCGUACGAGCAGGCAUUCCACAUGGCCACAGCACCUACGCCUGCCAACCCCCCUCCCGCUAAACAAUAA